GCUAACUUAGCAGCGCGCAGAGCUGUCAGUGGAGCAGCUCAGUGAUAACGACAAACAGGGAAAGCCCUCAGACUGUAAGUACAGUAUCUCCGGUGAAGACCGCCGCUCCGCAGUCUGCUGGCUCCACAUUGAGGGCUGCGCCUCUAAACGGACUGAAAAACACUUCAAGACAGCAAGACAAAGCUGUAGCAUUGAUUUGUUUGUAGGGGGGACAUGGCUGAUGUGAGUUCAAACGAGUCGUCCACCAUGGACGUUGCGAAUAGGUUUGCUCGCAAAGGUGCUUUGAGGCAAAAAAACGUCCACGAGGUCAAGAACCACAAAUUCAUAGCCAGGUUCUUCAAGCAGCCGACUUUCUGCAGCCACUGCACCGACUUCAUCUGGGGGUUUGGAAAACAAGGAUUCCAGUGCCAAGUUUGCUGUUUUGUGGUCCACAAGAGGUGCCAUGAAUUAGUCACAUUCUGCUGCCCAGGGGCAGAUAAGGGGCCCGACACAGACGAUCCCAGAACAAAGCACAAGUUUAAGAUCCAUACCUAUGGGAGCCCCACCUUCUGUGACCACUGUGGCUCUUUGCUGUAUGGCCUCAUCCACCAGGGCAUGAAGUGCGAGUCCUGCGAUAUGAAUGUCCAUAAUCAGUGUGUCAUGAACGUGCCCAGCAUGUGUGGAACCGAUCACACCGAAAGGAGGGGGCGUCUUUUCCUCAAGUGUGAGGUCACUGCCGAUAAGCUGCAGGUCACAGUGGGUGAAGGCAAAAACCUGAUCCCCAUGGACCCCAAUGGCCUGUCUGAUCCGUAUGUCAAGCUCAAGCUCGUACCAGACCCCAAAAAUGAGACCAAGCAGAAGACCAAAACCAUCCGUUCCAACCUCAACCCGAAAUGGAACGAGUCCUUUAAUUUCAAGCUGAAGCCUACAGAUAAAGACCGCAGGCUGUCAGUGGAGGUGUGGGACUGGGACCGGACCACUAGGAAUGACUUCAUGGGGGCCCUUUCCUUCGGUGUAUCAGAGCUCAUUAAGGCUCCAGUCUGUGGCUGGUAUAAGUUAUUGUGCCAAGAGGAGGGGGAGUACUACAAUGUUCCCAUCUCAGAGGAGGAUGAUGGGAAUGAGGAACUCAGGCAGAAAUUCGAGGACCAAGCAGUUGUGGAAGACUCUGAUCAGAAAGCCAAGCUCGGCCCAGGUAAGAAGGUGAUCACUGAGACAGAUGACAGCCAAUCCAGCCAGCUGCCUUACAACAGCCUGGACCAUGUCAAACUCAGCGACUUCUCCUUCCUGGCUGUGCUGGGGAAAGGGAGCUUCGGCAAGGUCAUGCUGGCAGAGAUGAAGGCCACUGAAGAGCUGUUUGCAAUAAAGAUCCUGAAGAAGGAUGUGGUGAUCCAAGACGAUGACGUGGAAUGUACCAUGGUGGAGAAGAGAGUCCUGGCCCAACAGGACAAGCCGCCCUUCCUCACACACCUCCACUCGUGCUUCCAGACUGUGGACCGUCUGUACUUUGUCAUGGAGUAUGUGAAUGGGGGAGACCUCAUGUACCAUAUCCAACAAGUGGGCAAGUUCAAGGAACCUCAGGCAGUGUUCUAUGCAGCAGAGAUCGCUGUUGGUCUCUUCUUCCUGCACAUUAAAGGAGUCAUCUACAGGGAUCUGAAGUUGGACAAUGUGAUGCUGGACUCCGAGGGACACAUUAAGAUUGCUGACUUUGGCAUGUGUAAAGAGAACAUGGCAGAAGGAGUGACCACACGCACCUUCUGUGGCACUCCAGACUACAUAGCCCCAGAGAUCAUUGCAUAUCAGCCAUAUGGACGCUCUGUAGACUGGUGGGCAUAUGGAGUUCUGCUUUACGAAAUGCUGGCAGGACAGCCUCCAUUUGAUGGCGAGGAUGAAGAUGAAUUGUUCCAGUCCAUUAUGGAGCACAACGUGUCCUACCCCAAGUCCAUGUCCAAAGAAGCUGUCUCCAUCUGCAAAGGGCUGAUGACCAAACACCCAUCCAAACGUCUAGGCUGCAGCCCAGAGGGAGAGAGGGACAUCAGAGAACAUGCCUUCUUCAGACGCAUCGACUGGGAACGCCUUUCGAACAGGGAGAUACAGCCGCCCUUCAAGCCCAAAGUGUGUGGCAAAGGAGCAGAGAACUUUGACAAGUUCUUCACACGCACCCAGCCCCAGCUCACACCGCCAGAUGAGUUGGUUAUCGCCAACAUCGACCAGGCAGAGUUUGCAGGGUUCUCUUUCAUCAACACACAGUUUGUAAACCCGGCGGUCAGUAACAACAUAUGAAAACAAUUGGAAAACGUCCCUGAAGAACCUCACUGCCACUAACUUAAAGCAACCGCCAACCUAACAUCUGACAACAACUUGAUCAAGGCCUCACUAUAAACCUUUAGGUAUUGGUUUUAUUCGUAAGCAGCAUUCAGGGCAUGCAUUUUUGUUCUGUAACAUAUAUUUGCCAGAUUAGAUUUGAUUGGCUCUCGGCCAUCACAAUAAAUAAUUUUCUUUAGUUUAAUGAUAAGCAUGUACUGUAAACAAGGGUGUCCUUUCUAUACUGCUGCAAUUUGUAUUGAUGGUUUACCAUAACUAAAAGACAUUUAGAGAAUAAAUGAAUCCAUGGCUAUAUAUGAUAUGAGCAAGAGGGUAUUAAAGGAACAUUCAGCGAGGAGAGCAUUUAAGGCAUGGAUUUUGGAAAAGUUUUUCAUGCUUUUACAAAUCUCAAUGGAUAAACAUUAUGGUCUAUAGAUCCACUUGCUUGGUCACAGUUCUUUUCCAUAUGGAUAAUUAUCACAAUAUAGAUAUUAUGCGAUGACCUUAAAAACACUCACGUAAGGCAGUGUAGACACUAUGGCCAGGUGGUGCAGGUGUUGAAACUUCACCUUGUGAUUCAAUGUUUCCUGUAUCAUGUUUACAGUUUUCUUCCCCUUUGACGUCAUGGUGGUAUAACAUUCUAUUUUAGUACAAUUUGAUACUAGCUAAUCUCAACUUCCUGUGCGUGUAGCAAAUCAACUAAAGAAUGAACAGUUGUGUAAUUAGAUAAUAUGCAGCCUGUAAAAAUGGAAAUAUGUGACACCCAUAGGUAUGAAAGUAUGUCAGGGUUGGUUCCAACUUUUAGCUUUAUAACUUAACUGGUAUCACUCUAUUUCAUCUGCUUUGAAAAGUAAUAAUUCACACACCUAUUUUCUUUAACUUGAGUUGCAGAUUGUAUAUUUCCCUUGUCAAUAAUGUUGUGGACACUAUGUGGACACAGUAAUCAGUUUAGCAUGUGGACAGUGGUAGUACAUUAUAUAUCUACCUACUUAGGAAAAUAGUCAGUGUCAGGGUUAAUCACUAUCUCUGUCCCAUCCUAUGCCCAUAACUACAAAGCCUCCUAUUGGUCAUAAAUGUCAGAAACAGUAACGACAUUUUGAUAAACUGUUGUUUGUUUUUAGAAUAUAACAUGAUAUCAAUGUGUAUUAACCAUCCAAUGUUAUAUUGCAUAGAGUAUCGUGCCCUCAAGUGUAGAUACAACACAUUUGUUAGUUUACAGAAGUUGCAAAUCAAUAGGAGCAUUUCUUCUGACAAUGCUUUUUGUUGUCCUGAGAAAAACUUAUCCUUCAUUAGGAUUAUGUCAACACAAUUAUUAUUAGUUAAAUAUCACCUUUAUUGGAUCCCUUUUAAUUUCUUUAAUGUCUUUAAACAUAGUUUUUUGUCCCCUCUUCUUUUGUGGUCUCAUACAUAUUAGAUAAUUAGAUCAGAUUCAUAUUUGAAAGUGUCUACUAUCAGUGCGUAACUCCUUUGUAAAUAAUCAUGAGUUAUUUAAAAAAAACCUAAAGCAAGUUACAGUUUUUAUACCAAAACCUGAAUGUGCUUUUAUUACAUUAAUUAUAUAAACCAAUAUUUGUACGUGUAAUACGAUUUAAACAACUAGGAAAGUAACCCAGUACAGAUCAACUUUGUAACAGCUGGACGUCUUUAAUAGAGUCCAGAUUUAGCAAGUUGUAAAAUAUAUCUGUUCCACUUGUUUUGGCAGAUUUAUCAAAACUUUUAUUUUCUUUAUUCAUAUUCAUUGAUUUUGAUUGCAAAUUGUGAGUUGAUUGGAUGCGUGUCUGGCUGUUGACUGUCCCUCUGUAUCUGCAUGCUGUUGGUAGGCAUCAUUCAUGCACGUGAUCCGCUAAAGGAUCCAUGCUACGAAGUAUAAAACCCCCUAAAAGUUACAGUACAACCUCAAAGUGAUACUCCACUCAAAACCUAACUUUAGUGGUACGAGUUAGUAGUCUUGAAAGUUUGUACUUGUUUCGUCCUU